AAGCCAUAAAAAUUUGAUCCACAAUGGAUAUUACCGAUAUAAACAAGGUGGCCACUCGCAAGAGAAUGAGUGCAGAUGUUGAAAAGCUCCGGGAAAAGGUUUCUCGUGAGAAUAAAAAAAUUAUCAAGCUGAAGGUGGCCCAAGACACCGCUUAUUGGGAUUUAAAAGAAAAGUUGCGUGAAGUGGAGACCAACCAUGCGAAGCUGCAGCAGAACAUGCUGGAGGUACAGAUGCAGUAUGAAACAGUUUCCGGGCAGUAUCAAGAGGAAUUGAGACACAGGCCCGAAGUUAUGAAUAAGUUAGGCAGUACCCGCGAGAUCUGCAACGUACUAGUAGAAUACAGCGAACGCCUCCGGGAAACAUUGUCUCGCUGUAAGGCGGACCAAUCAGCUCUUUGCGAGGCUUACCAGCAAUUGGGACAAAUGGUCAGCGAAAUGAAGACUCAGCAUCUACAGAAAGAGGAGAAAACCAACCAGGUUAUUGAGAACCUGCAGGAUAAACUGAAAAUGUCAACAGACCAUCAGAGUCAGCUGGCGCAAUACUUCACCACAGAGAAACAACGUGUUGAUGUUGAGUUAGUUGCAGUAAAAAAUGAACUAGCAUCUGCUCUGGCUUCUAAAGAGCAGCUGAUAGCUACAAAUACUGACCGUAAUCGCGAACUAGACCAGUGCCAUCAAGAACUAGAAAAGAAAGAGGAAGCCUUGGCGCGUCUUCAAAGAGACACCGAGCAAUUGAUUCAUGAUUUCAACGUUCAAGCUUCUGAAAUCAAAUCGGAAAUGUCACGAGUUGAAAAAGAACUCAAAGAAGCAACUGCUAGUAACGACUCUCUUAAGACAGCUCUUAACAAUCAAGAUACUUAUACUCGGAGCAUUUGUGAGCAAAAUAAUGCAUUGCAAGAAAAAAUUGCAGCACUGGAGGAGGAACAAAAUACCACUGGAAACAUAGUGAAGGAACUUCGAGCUAAUAUUCAGGGUGCCACCAAAGCUAAUGACUUUUUAAAAGCCGAACUGGGGAUUUCAAUUGACCAGAACAAAUACUUAGAAAAAGAAAUAAUUCAUAAAACAAAGCUUCUAGCGGACGCCGAAAAGGAAAAACAGGAAUUGCUAUCCAAAAUAUCAAUUAUGGAAAAAGAAAACGGUGGAAAAGUAGCUGAUUUAAACAAAGCCGCAAAUGAGGUGAAAUCUCUAAGUCUAAGAAUUCAGGAGCUAACAAUCGCUGAUGGAGAACUUGCAAAACAAAUUGAAGAUAUGGAAGAUGCUUUAAAAGCUUCAAGAGAUGCAGCGGAUGCUAAGAUCACGGAACUGGCAACAAUCAUCGAAACCAAAAAUCAAGAACUUGACUCCAAAGCAUCUACAAUUUCACAUCUGAUGACUGAAGUAAAGACCGCUGUGGAUGCUCGAGCUAAGUUAGAAAUUACUCUGCAGAGCACCAAAAGUGACAUUGCCAUGGAGAGACAGGCAACUAUGGGAAAAGAGCAAAAAAUGAUACAACAGAUUGAAAAAUUAGAAGUUGUGGUUAGAGCACGCCUGCAAGACAAGAUCAAAGACAUGCAGAAGAAAAUUGACAACAUUCAGAAGGAACUUACUGGAUCGUUGAUUCGACCUCCAGCAAUUCAACCUGAAUUAGACGAUAAUGCUGUUAUGUUGACUCCUUCUAACAAGAAGGUAGUACAGUAA